CAUUGGAGGUCAUAAAGACUGCUGUGAUAACUGUAGGAGAUUUUUACGAGGUGAUAUUCAAAUUAAAACAAAUUAUUCAAAAGAUGCCAAACUGUUGAUGGACAUGAUUAAAGCUUUGAGAAAUGAUUAUGGUAUUACAAUGACAGUAUCAAUUUUAAGAGGAUCAAAAGCACAAAAGAUUCCAAAGUACAUAUUGAAGCAUCCAGUGCAUGGGAAAGGAUUACAUCAUUCUGAGAAAUGGUGGAAGUCAUUUGCUGGUGUACUUAUUUCUGGUCAUUAUUUAAGAGAAGAGUCCGUUCCUAAUGGUUUUGGUAGUACAGUGUCUUUAUCAAUUAAAGGGAGCAGGUGGUAUGACAGGUUUGAAUCUGAUCCAGACGGUACAACAAUUGAUGUAAUACCAACCAAUGACAUGAUAGCGUACGAUAAAGAACAACAAAAACAACAAAAUUCAAUAAUUCAUUCAAGUCUUAAUCCAAAAUAUGCCGCAUCAGCAGCAGACACGUUUACAGCCAGCAGUGAUUCCUCAUUGAUAAUUCCAUUGAAAGAUGAUCCUUCAAGUUACAAUGUAUUAUUAGUUAACAUGAAGAAUAUGGGUGGGGCAGUGGGUGGAGCUAAUGUCCCAAUUAAAGACAAAGAGACUGAAGCAUUGGAGAGUGCACUGUAUGAGGAGCUGGUCAGUUAUAGAAACCAAAUGGCUCAUGAAACUGACAUACCUCCUUUCAUGAUAGCGUCAAACAAACUACUAGGUAAUCUGUCUUUAUCUCGUCCUACUACUGAGGAUUCAUUGCGAUUGAUUGAUGGAGUCUCUCAACAAUUUAUUACCAAAUUUGGAAUGAAAUUACUAACAAAGAUAAAAGAAUACUGUACAGCUCAUCCCACCCUGAGGACUGACACUGAACUGAGCAAAGGAAGAGAAGAUACUGACACUAAUACUGGGGAAAUACAAGUCGCCAUAAAGGUUCGUAAGUCCAUUAUUGGUCCAAUAAGUGAAAAGAAUGGAUCCUAUUAUGAUUCAUAUACAAGGGAAGGACUCAGUGUGGAGGAGAUAGCUUCAAGACGUGGUGUUCAAGUUCAGACUGUCAUUGGACACUUAGUGGAUUGUUAUGAAGCUGGGUACAUGCUCAACUAUAGAGAAUUGGGGUUUACUGAAGAGAUUGAGAGGCUCAUUACUGACACUAUAAGGAGGCCACCAAUAUCUUCAGACGUAGGAAGAUUAAAGCCAAUUAAAGAACAGUUACCAGAACACAUUGAGUACUGGCAGAUAAGAAUGACAAUAGCACUACUGAUGGUCUCCAGUGGGUUCAUUAGGAAUAAACUAACUACAACACCAUCACUGACAUCACCUACUUUAUCAUCAGGUUCUUCUGGUACAGCUAGUAAGAGAUCCUUACCAAACACUUUUAAAAGGAGCCACUCCUACAGCAGCAGCAGCAGUGGGUAUGGUAGAGGAUACUACACUGGGUCUAACAAGAAAGCAAGGAAGUUCUUUUGAACUAACUCUACAACCAAAGAACACUUCAUUUAUCAGCUACUAUUAUUAUCAUCCUUCAUUUAAUCUCAUUUAUUGAUUAACACAUUUCAUUAUUGUUGGAAUAAUUGUCAUUUCAUUUAUUGUUGUUCUGUAAAAUGACAUUAACAGUGACAUCAGUGUAUUCUUGUUUGUAUUUUUGGUAGAAUCUUUUCAUGUUUGUAUGGGUGAAA